UUACACACCAACCGCCAUUACCAGAAAGAAAGUGCAGACGUUGCUGCAUCCCCAGCCAUAGACUUUCGAAACAACAACCUCUAACCAUUCUUUCUUUCUUUCUUUCACUUCAUGAUUCUUCUCUUUCAUCAUCAUCACCACCACCACCAAUAUCCUCUCCUUCUAGAAUCUCCUUUUUCUUUUUCAAACCGAUGUGGCGCCGAAGCUACUCCCUCACGAAGCACCGUUCGGGGUUAGGGUUUCUACGAAGGUCCUUCUCAUCAGAGCGAAGCGGAAAGAGGUUCGCGGCGCUCUGGGGGAACGGCGAUUUCGGAAGAUUAGGACUCGGCACUUUGGAUUCUCAGUGGACUCCAGCUGUCUGCAACGCCUUCCAACACAAAACUCUCAAAUCCAUCGCUUGUGGCGGUGCUCACACACUCUUCCUAACAGACGAUGGAUUCGUGUAUGCCACCGGUCUUAAUGAUUUCGGACAAGUUGGUAUAUCAGAGGGUAAACAGUACUUGGUGGAGCCAGUUCGGGUUUUGGUAGAUGAGAAGAAGAUUAUGCACAUUGCUGCUGGUUAUAAUCACUCGUGUGCAAUAACAGUGGAUGGAGAACUAUAUAUGUGGGGAAAGAAUACAAGUGGACAGCUUGGACUUGGAAAAAAGGCCCCAAACAUAGUUCCUCUGCCAACUAAAGUGGAACAUUUGGAUGGAAUCAGCAUUAAAAUGACAGCGCUGGGAUCAGAGCACUCAAUGGCGGUUAGUGAUGGAGGAGAGGCCUUUAGUUGGGGGAUGGGAGGUUCAGGUAGACUUGGUCAUGGUCACGAGUCGGGCAUUCUGGGAUUAUUUAAAAGUUACAGUGAGUAUACUCCAAGGCUUAUAAAGGAUCUUGAGGGAAUCAAGGUUAAAUAUAUAGCUGCUGGGUUGCUAAAUUCAGCUUGCAUUGAUGAAAAUGGUUUUGUUUAUAUAUUUGGAGAAAGAGGAAUUGAUAAAUUGCGCUUGAAGGAGAUGAGCAAUGCAACAAAACCAUCCUUAAUUAAUGAACUUCCAUACUCACAGCAAGUUGCUUGUGGUGGCUAUCAUACCUGUGUCCUAACAAACUCUGGAGAGCUUUAUACUUGGGGUUCGAAUGAGAAUGGCUGCCUCGGUAUUGGUUCCCCUGAUGCCAUUCAUGUACCAGAAAAGGUUCAAGGGCCAUUCCUGAGGUCUUCUGUUAGUCAGGUUUCUUGUGGUUGGAAGCACACAGCGGCAAUUUCUGAAGGAAGACUCUUCACAUGGGGUUGGGGAGGUUCAUAUGGGACUUUCUCUGAAGUAGGACAUUCUUCUGCUGGACAAUUGGGCCAAGGAAGUGAUGUGGACUACAUAAAUCCUGCUAGAGUUUGUUUUGGAGAAGAAGUGAAAGCAUUACAAAUUUCAUGCGGGUUCAACCAUACAGGUGCUAUACUUGAAUAUACAUAACUUUUUGUUCCAAUAAUUCAUAUUUAUCUGCAAUUCAUCCAGAAAAGCCAGAAUGCUAUGAUCCAUAACCCGGAUAGAUGUUAUGCAUUUGUUCAUUUGUGUUGCCAAUUUGCUAUUUAUCUUCAAUACAUCACCAUAUCUGCGAAGGUCACAUCUUCUACCCCAUACAAUGGGCUCCAAUAGGUUGCAGCAUGUCUAAGUGAGGUAUAUAUUAUCCACUUGUUGUAUAAUUUUUAUUUUAUUUUAUUUUUCACUGUAAAAAACUCUCUUGCAUAUAAGGCAAAUAAUGCCCCCUUAUGUAUAUGAUGUAAACAAAAGUGCUGCAUCAAGUAAAUUCAUUGGAAUGAUGAUAUAUUUUUUUUAA